AUGGCUCAAACGUUAAAGCGGGGACUAAUUCAUGUUAGAUUUUCGGGCAUUCAGAUAUCUCACGAAAUUUCCACGGCCCUACCCGAGAUUGAUCUCAAAGUAUUUGAGAAAAACCCGGGGUUGGGAGGAACGUGGUUUGAGAAUAGAUAUCCCGGCUGCACAUGCGACGUUCCCUCGCAUACUUACCAAUUCAGCUGGGCGCCCAAUCCCAGGUGGACUCAGCUCUAUCCAGGAGCGUCUGAGAUUCGCCACUACCUUGAAAAUACAGUUAAGGAUCACAACUUGGCAAAAUUUUUCAACUUUAAUUGGCGAUGCGUAUCCGCAAAAUGGGAUGAGUCUGAGUCCAAGUGGACAGCUAGGUUUGAACACACACAGCGGAAUACGAACCUAGUUGUGGAUUCCGACGUCUUGAUAUACGCCGUUGGCCGACUGAACAACUACAAAAUACCAGCCAUAGAUGGCCAGAGUCUUUUCAAAGGGCGCAUCGUACACACCGCUGCGUGGCCAGACGAUCUUGACGUCAGCUGCAAGCGCAUUGUGAUCGUUGGAAAUGGAGCCAGUGCGGUGCAAUGUGUGCCAGCGCUACAACCAGACACCCCCGAGGAGAUCAGUUCCUUCGAGCUUGAUGUACAAUCUUACGACCUUCAUCGAGUGUAUCUUGAGAAAAGAGUGGCGGUAGGACUUUCCGGCCUCUGGAGGGGUACCUUGGCUCAAGAAAGUUUUCAGAAUUUAUGCAGAUGUUUUAUGCAGUCGAACAUCCAAGAUCCGAUAUUGCUCGAAGCUUUGUUGCCAAAUUUUGAAGCAGGCUGUCGCCGCUUCACGCCAGGCAGGCAUUACUUGAAUGCACUUCAACAGCCGAAUGUGGAAUAUUUGCAGGACUCAGUCGUGGAAUUGACAGAGGAGACUCUCAUCACAGGAUCCGGAAGAAGGUUUGACUGUGACGUGAUCAUCUAUGCCACCGGAUUCGAGCCCUAUAAGCCGCGGUUUCCAGUAUUGGGUCGAGAUGGUGUUGACCUCAUGGGUAAUUGGAAUCGCGAGGGCCCAUGUGAGAGCUAUAUGGCCGCGAUGGUGGCUCAAUUUCCGAACUUCUUCGUGUUCUGCCCUCCCAUCUGCCCUGUCAAUGGACCAGCUAUUCCAGGUAUUGAAAGGACCUCGAACUAUAUGACACGAGUGAUACAUCGCCUACAGACUGAUAGCUUAAAGUCCGUCUCCGUGAAAGCAACAGCACAGAGGGAAUUUAAUGAAUGGGCCCAAUCGCGUAUGCCCGAAAUGGUAUGGUCCGGACAGUGCAGCUCCUGGUACAAGAAUGAGAAUGGCAAAGUCACGGUUCCCUGGCCAGGGACUAUGUUGCAUUAUUACCGAGCCACGCAGACCAUUCGGUGGGAGGAUUUUGAGCUCCGCCAUUUCUCCCCAUCUCUACGGUAUGACAGUUUUGGGAAUGGGCUCACGGUGGAAGGCUUCGUGCCAGAGGAGUUUCCAUGGGUUAAGCUUUCCGACAGGGAGGAAUCAUUGAACAAAGCGAACCGGAAAAUCAGCUCAGUUGUGCAGCACUUGAAAGCUGCUUGGCCGUGUUGGUCGAUCUGGACUCUAUGCGCGAUACUCAAAUAUGUCUCCUAG